GACAACUUCUUACCGAUGGAAGAAAGUGACAACUGCCCAAUAUGUCUUGAGAGAUUUACAUCACCUAAGAUUUUGGACUGUAGACACACGUUUUGCUUGAGAUGUUUAAAGUGUUAUUCAGAUGAGAUUGCACCAAAACAGCACAAACUGUCUUGUCCGCUUUGUCGCACAGAUUGCAAAAUACCAAAUGACGGACUUAGCCAUUUAGUUACAAACUAUUUUGUGAGUAGUUCCGAAGCAGUCAAAUAUUGCUUGAAUUGUCAAAAGCAUCUGAAAGUUUCUGGAAAUUGCAAAGUAUGUGGUUUGCCUUUGUGUGCGGUUUGUUCUGAAAAACAUUCCCAUUCUCCACCCAAGAAGGAGCAUCACGACAAUGGAAGUGAAAUACUUGACCCAAACAUAGAUUUUAGCUCAUCAUUUUUACAACGCUUAGGGAAUAUAAAAACAAUUGGUUAUUAUAAGCUGGAAACACAUUUUGUUGUUGAGUCACCACAGGAAAACGACUGUCAUAUUAUAUAUUCAAUACGACUCGCUUCUAGUACUGGUGGUAUUUUAGUAGUACCUUCUGGUAUCCCAUUUAUAUUACUUAUGAAUCAAUACGGAAAAACAAUAGAUAAAAUUCAUACACCAUAUCAGUGCGUGGGAAUAUACGAAACAAAUGGAGGUGAUUUAAUAGGAACUUUUCCCUUUAAAAGAACUAUACUUUCCUACAAAUUUGGUUUAUGGUCUUUGUUUGCCACGUGUCCAGAUUAUUUUCCCGUUGACAUAGUUCAGUUAACAAACGGAAACAUACUUACAUGUGGUAAGAAGGUGGAUAUGUCAUUUUCAGGAUUUGGACAUGGAUGUUUACAACUAUAUUCUAGUUUCGGGGAACCCCUACGAACAGUUGACAGACAGUAUGGGGUGUUCGAUUUUCCACAUAAAAUUGCAUAUGAUAAGGAGCAUGGAGUAAUUGCGAUUGCAGAUCAUGAAAACCAUACCGUUGUAAUUUUACAUGAAAAUGAUGGACACUAUGUAAUAUAUAAGGGUGGUAACCAAACAACUACGAAAAUGUCAACAUCUUCAAUUCAAAUAGAACGCCAGAUAUGUUUUCAUGCUUCAGGGAUCUGUACUACUUCUGAUGGCAAUUUCAUUGUUUGCUCGCCUGAAGGUCAGCUUCAUAUUAUCAACAAAUUUGGGGAAUUAGUUGCAUUAGGUACGACAGAUUGCGAGGAUUGCUUUGGAAAAGUGGUGCCGGAUAUAGCGUUUGAUGAUAAUGGGAUCGUAUGGAGCAGUGACUCGCUUUAUGGCACCAUCAAAACGUUUAAGUUGGAAAAAUUUGCGAAUAAUUUAGAUAACUGAAAUCCUGGUGGUCGCAAAUCGGAAAUCAUAUGUUUUAGAAUUAAAACUAUCUUCCUUAUUUUACAAUCUGAUAUAUGUAUCACAUUUGUUAAUAAUGUUUUUUUCGUAUGGUAAGUAGUUAUGUUGCAGAUGAUUUUGUUAUACGUUGAGUCAAUACUUUUGAAAUAGGCAUUAACAAAGCGGAUGGCGCGAUUUGUGAAAUAAUGUUUUUUUUCAAAUAAUGAGAGGAAUAAUAUUCAGUCGGAAAACUACUCCAGCUAGAAGAAUACAACUACAUCUUUAAAAUGCACCUUUAUGAACUGAAAAUCAGAAUGCUGGUUUAAUUGUCCCCUUCGUUAUUUAAAACAAAUUAUGAAGUGAUGUCCUUGAUUAGUAAUUACAGCGGAUGACCUUGAGUCAUUCCGGUGUUAUGUUGCUACAGACAUUUCUACCCACGUGACUUGCGUUUUUGACUGAUAACCGAACGUAUUUCGUAUAAUUACGCGGAUAUUAUCGAGUGCAAAAUAACAUUCCUUAUCGCUUGUUAUAUAUUAAUUUCAUCAAUAAAUAUUCAUGAAAAUAAUUUUAAAGAACAAAGAUAAAUGAUAUGAAAUGUUUUGUCGUGAGAAAUAUAUAUAUAUAUAUCAAUAACAAAUCAUGAAUACCGAAAAUUUGUGUUAACGCAUGCGGAAGAAUAUCUCGAGAACGUUUUGCAACAAAAGCGGGAAAAUAUGAAUGAGUACUCAAAUCUAAUCUAUUAGAAAAAAGAAUUAUUACAGAAGAGUGUCCACCAUGCACUUGCACUGCACUAUCAUUAGAAUAGUAGAAUAGAAUGAUAUACAAAUGGAUGAAAAUUUGACUGUAGUGUUAUUAAGAUGAUCUGCUAUAAUAUAUAUAACUGCUAUACAAAUAUUAAUAUGCAAUUCCCUUGUAAGACUUUUCAUAAACAAUUUGAUUUAUCUUAUUGUAACGACUAUUUUAAGCAAAUAAAGACUGUUUUUGUUUGA